AUGAUGCUUGACAAGAAAUUCUCCAGUGCGCGAUGCCUGAACGGCUCCACAGGAUCCUACAAGCCUGAGAGCCCCGAGUCAUUCGAGCUGGAAACCGUUGCGGAGACCUUCCAGAACCAGUUGUUCGCAGAAAGCCUAGUGCAAGACCGUUUGGUUGGAAAUAAGACCAUUGCCCGAUCCUUUCUGGGAAGCGAUGCCGUCACAACACUUACUGACAUAUUGCAGCUGCAAAGACUGCAACAACCGGAAACAGCAGAAGGUUUCACAGAACCAGCCAGCCCCGUCACACGAGAAGAAGCACUCAAAGUGGGAAGAAGCAUUGCGGAAGAGUUUAGCUUCUUUGCUCACCAUGCCGCUACCAGCAAGAAUGGCACUUCAUUGGUUCUAGAAGAUUCCGACCAGGAGGUCUAUGUCUUUGAGAAAAACUUGCCAAUGCAAGUUCACCAAGUAAAAAAGAUGUAUCCCUCGCCAUGGGACAGGGUCGGCCUGUUGGAACAACACGUGGAGGUGAAAGACCGUCGUGGACUUGUCCGAGUCUUUAACAGCUGCUUUGUUGCCUCUGAAGCCGUGGAUGCCAUGAUGGGAUUGAGGAUUGCCAAGUCGCGGAGAGAAGCUGUCCACAUGGUCAGGAAGAUGAAUGAAAAGGUCAACUUCUUCAAGCCUGCAAAUACCACUGACCGCUCGGAAUUCAAAGACGACAAGAACAUGUUCCUCAAAUUUAUCCCCAAAGAAAACCGAGAGCCAGAACCCAAACGGCACCACCACCGCAUGGCGGCUUCUCUUUCUCCCAAGCGAUCCUCUCCCAAAGGCUUGCGCAAGACCAAGAGUUUGCAACAUGAGGGUCCACUUCGACCCACCAGCGUCUCUCCCAAAUCCACGCGCCGAUUGAAGACGCACGACGGGGAGGGAUCCUUGAACGGCAGCAGGGCUUCCAGCCCCACCAAGGAUCGAAAGUAUUUUGAAGACCGUGCCAAGGACAUUCGCGGCCGGCUAGAUGAGCUCCGCGACUCGCGACUAGCAGCCAACGCCGCCGCUUAG